AGCCUCUUACUACCAGAUGAAGCACAAACCACCAUGUCUGACAACUGUCUGGGACCAAACCCUGAACACAAGCUUAUGUUCUAAGGUGUGGGUCAUAUGCUGUUGUAAAGGCAUCUGGAGCAAUGCCACCACCUUUGGACAUUGUGAAAGUGGCUGUUGAGUGGCCAGGUGCCAAUGCCCAGCUGCUGGAAAUAGAUCAGAAAAGGCCUCUUGCAUCCAUCAUCAAGGAGGUUUGUGAUGGGUGGUCAUUGCCAAACCCGGAAUACUACACCCUGCGGUAUGCUGAUGGUCCUCAGCUGUACAUCACAGAGCAGACUCGCUGUGACAUCAAGAAUGGAACUAUCCUACAGCUGGCAGUCUCCCCGUCUAGGGCAGCUCGCCAGCUGAUGGACAGGAUCCAGUCACAUAGUGUGGAAGCCCGACUGGAUGCCAUGAAGGAACUGGCUAAACUUUCAGCUGAUGUGACCUUUGCCACAGAGUUCAUCAACAUGGAAGGGAUUACAGUGCUGACACGACUUGUGGAGAGCGGGACCAAGCUUCUAUCCCAUUACAGUGAGAUGCUGGCUUUCACCCUGACUGCCUUCUUGGAGCUCAUGGACCAUGGUAUUGUCUCCUGGGACAUGGUCUCAAUCACCUUCAUCAAACAGAUUGCAGGGUAUGUGAGUCAGCCUAUGGUAGAUGUCUCCAUUCUCCAGCGAUCCCUAGCCAUUCUUGAAAGCAUGGUGCUAAACAGUCAGACUCUGUAUCAGAAGAUAGCAGAAGAGAUCACUGUGGGGCAGCUCAUUUCUCAUCUGCAAGUCUCAAACCAAGAGAUUCAGACAUAUGCCAUUGCCCUGAUCAAUGCCCUGUUCCUGAAGGCUCCUGAGGACAAGAGACAGGACAAGCUGCUUAACCCACUAGACCUGCCCAUCACUGAAAUGGCUAAUGCAUUUGCCCAGAAGCACCUGAGGUCUAUAAUCCUGAAUCAUGUGAUCAGAGGAAACCGUCCAAUUAAAACAGAAAUGGCACAUCAGCUGUAUGUGCUGCAGGUCCUGACCUUUAAUCUCCUGGAAGAGAGAAUGAUGACCAAGAUGGAUCCCAAUGACCAGGCACAGAGAGACAUCAUUUUUGAGUUGAGAAGAAUUGCAUUUGACGCAGAGUCUGACAGUAACACCGUCCCUGGCAGUGGAACAGAAAAACGCAAAGCCAUGUACACCAAGGACUACAAGAUGCUGGGAUUCACUAAUCACAUCAACCCAGCCAUGGAUUUUACUCAGACUCCUCCAGGGAUGCUGGCAUUGGACAACAUGCUCUACUUGGCCAAAUUUCAUCAGGACACCUACAUCAGGAUUGUUCUGGAGAACAGCAGUCGAGAAGAUAAGCAUGAAUGUCCCUUUGGGCGCAGUGCCAUUGAGCUUACCAGGAUGCUUUGUGAGAUCUUGCAAGUUGGGGAACUCCCCAAUGAAGGCCGGAAUGACUAUCAUCCCAUGUUUUUCACCCAUGACCGUGCAUUUGAGGAGCUAUUUGCCAUCUGCAUCCAGCUGUUGAACAAGACCUGGAAAGAAAUGAGGGCGACAGCAGAAGAUUUUAAUAAGGUUAUGCAGGUUGUGAGGGAACAGAUUACACGGGCUCUCCCCUCUAAACCAAACUCCUUGGACCAGUUCAAGAGCAAACUGCGCAGUCUGAGCUAUUCUGAGAUUCUGCGCCUACGCCAGUCUGAGAGAAUGAGCCAAGAUGACUUCCAGUCACCACCUAUUGUGGAGCUGAGGGAGAAAAUCCAACCUGAGAUCCUGGAGCUGAUAAAGCAACAGCGCCUGAACAGGCUUUGUGAGGGAAGUAGCUUUCGCAAAAUUGGAAAUCGCAGAAGACAAGAAAGAUUUUGGUAUUGUCGCCUGGCUCUGAAUCACAAAGUGCUACAUUAUGGAGAUCUGGAAGAUAAUGCCCAGGGGGAAGUGACCUUUGAAUCUCUACAGGAAAAAAUUCCAGUUGCAGAUAUCAAAGCCAUUGUCACAGGGAAGGAUUGUCCACACAUGAAGGAGAAAAGUGCACUGAAACAGAACAAGGAAGUGUUAGAAUUGGCCUUCUCGAUAUUAUAUGAUCCUGAUGAGACCUUGAACUUCAUUGCACCUAAUAAAUAUGAGUACUGUAUCUGGAUUGAUGGGCUCAAUGCUCUCUUGGGCAAGGACAUGUCCAGCGAGCUGACUAAAAGUGACCUGGACACGUUGCUGAGCAUGGAAAUGAAGCUGAGGCUCCUGGACUUGGAGAACAUCCAGAUCCCCGAGGCGCCGCCGCCCAUCCCCAAGGAGCCAAGC